UAUAACUAUAGACGUCGGGAUCACUCGCACGUAGAGUUGAUGCGAUACGAUCCGGGUAAACAUGGAGCUCUUGUCCAUCUGGUUGGUUUUUAUCCUUACUAUUACGCAUUCGUUGGCCACAGUGAAAUUUCCAAUGCAUAUGCCUGACGUCCAGCCAACUCAGAAGGAAACUUACCUUUGCACAGCUUUCAAGAUGCCCGCUCGUGAGCACCAGUAUAUAGUGGAAUUUGAGCCCAACGCCACAAUGCACACUGCUCAUCAUAUCUUGAUAUACGGCUGCACUACGCCAGGGUUUUGGGCGAUGGACGAUCCUCGAGCUGUGUGGGACUGUGGGGAAAUGGCAGGAGGAAAGUCAGAAUAUCGACGGGCACCCACAUGUGCUAGUGGGUCUCAGGUGAUAUACGCUUGGGCAAGAGAUGCUCCCAAACUCACGCUUCCAGAAGGUGUUGGAUUCAAGGUUGGAGGCCCCGAUACUGGAAUAGAAUACUUAGUUUUACAAGUCCACUACGCCAACGUAGACAAGUUUUUAAAUGGAGCCACCGACGACUCUGGUGUUAUUCUAUCUACGUUACCCGGAACAACCAAUAAGGUAAACAAGCGAGCGGCUAUCUUGCUCCUGGGAACAGGUGGGGUUAUUCCUGCUCACCGAGAAGAACACAUGGAAACAGCGUGUACCAUCCAAGAGCCUGUCGUUCUUCACCCUUUCGCAUUUCGAACCCACACUCACCAGCUUGGAAAAGCUGUAGCUGGAUACGUGAUGAGGAAGAACGGGAUGUGGGAGCGUAUCGGAAAACACGACCCUCUGCAACCACAGAUGUUCUACCCGGUCAAUAAAAAGAUUUCUAUCUUCCAAGGAGAUGUUGUGGCUGCUCGAUGUACGAUGAAAAACUUCAGAGACGUCACAACUCGAGUUGGGCUUACAGGGAAUGACGAAAUGUGUAACUUCUACAUCAUGUACUACGUGGAUGGUGACCGCAUACUCACAAAUAAAUACUGUUUUACUGCUGGACCACCAGGAUACCGCUGGCGAUACGAUCCCUCUAUUGGCGAUGUUCCACCCGACGUGGACGCUGAUGCAAGCUCGCUUGAUGACUUAUAACUUCAUACUUUCACGUGUAACACUGAUUAGUUAUCGGUUAAUCAUUAGUAAUCUAUAUCCGUAACUACUUAAAAAUAUUGUUUAAUUAUAUUCUAUAUUAAACCUUAGGUUCGUUUGAUUUAUAUAAGUCACAGAGAAUAAAUGUUUUAAAAACGUUCGAACAACAAUAUCACUAGUUCCGUUUCGAAAUUAGACGUUUUGAUUUACAUGAAAUUAAAAAAAUAUCUGACAAGCAUUCUUUCAAGUCGUAAUAGAUGAACUAGGAGGUGAGUGAUAAAAAAUAUUCACAGGUAGAAGUAAUUUAAUUAUAUUUGUUAGGCCUAAUGUAAUUACAUUUGUUAGGUCUAGUUAGCCUCUUUGCUUCGCCAGUUUUAAGUCGUCUUAUACCAUGUUGUAAGAUAUCAGACUAUAUGAUCGUUUUAAAGAGUUUUUCCUUUUAUCAUAAAUAAAUAUUUAGAUCUCAGUUUCGUCAAAUAAUUUAUUAAUGGUCAAAAAUAAAAGGCUUUGUUAUUUGGUUGUGCAGUACAUUAUUUGAUGGUAAAAUAAGAAUUUACAAAUAUAUAAUUUUCACAUUCCAUUUUGGUGAAGUGAAUUGCAAUGAUUAUUACUGUAUUAAUAUAAUAUAUAUAUAUAUAUAAAUAUAUUAGUGUAAUAGUUUAAUUUAUAGGUAGCAUUACCUGCUUUUACUGUUUCUUAUUAGUUUAGAUGUACUUUGAUAUAGGUAGUUUAAAGUGUUGUAACACAUAUUAGAUUUUAAGGCUUCCCAAUCACCCUGCAUUAUAUAAUAUUGUGUGUGUGAAGGUUCACAUUUUCUGUAGAUUUCUUGGAAAUGAAUAAAACGAAUUUAUCAAAA